UUUUAAUUUACACUCGUAAUUCAUGAUUGUUUUUUUUUUUCAUCGUAUUGCGCGUAGUAUUGAUUGAUUGGUUUAUUGGCAAAAAUUAUUAAGUGAAAGUUAUCAAGUUGUUCAGAUAUGGAUAUUUCGAAUCAGCAGCGUAUAUCCCGUUGGUACUUUGGUGGCGUGGCGAGUUCAAUGGCAGCGAUGGUCACUCAUCCGCUCGAUUUGAUGAAGGUGCUGAUACAAACGAACACAGAGAAAAUGUCGAUUAUGGACACCACUCGCAAGAUAGUCAAGGAACAAGGAGUCUUGGCGCUUUAUAACGGCAUUUCAGCUUCCAUUUUGCGACAAUACACAUAUACUUUGGCUCGCUUUGGAUUUUAUACUGUGGGUGCUGGUCUCGUGGAUACGAAGCCAAUGUCUACGAAGGUUCUGUUGGCAGGCAUGAGUGGCUAUGUGGGCGGUUUAAUUGGUGCCCCUGCUGAUUUGGUCAAUGUGCGAUUGCAGAAUGAUGUCAAGUUGCCGUUGGACCAGAGAAGAAAUUAUGCCCAUGCCAUUGAUGGCUUGGUGCGCGUGGUGAAGGAAGAGGGCUGGCCAAGUCUGUUCAACGGUGCCUCGAUGUGCGCAAUACGUGGCGCCUUUAUGACGGUGGGCCAAAUUGCAUUCUACGAGCAGAGCAAGGACGUACUCAUUGCGAGUGGCUUUGCCCAACGCAUGGACACAUACAUUAUUGCUUCGAUAAUUUCCGCUAUUGCUGCGACAGCGUUGACCCAACCCAUCGAUGUGAUUAAGACGCGACAAAUGAACUCGAAGGCGGGCGAGUACAAAGGCUUGACUGAUGUCAUUCUCAAGACAGCUGUGGAGGGACCUUCAGCGUUCUUUAAGGGCUCCAUUCCAGCCAUGACACGGCUGGGUCCACACACGGUAUUACUUUUCCUCUCACUCGAGUUUCUUCGUACGAAUUUUGGCAAGCUACCAGAGUCCAAAUAACGCUUGUCAAUUUAUAUUUAUCAACAGAAAUGUCAACUGGAAAAUUAGUCAAAUGUUUAGAGCUUGUAUUCUUCUCUUCUUGGUACAAAAUGUGAAAAUAAAU